AUGUUUGGCUAUUCGGUUCAGCGAGGAAGAAUGCCGCCCACCCAACCCAACCCCGGCCAGUAUGCCCUGACCAACGGCGACCCUCUGAACGGGCACUGCUAUCUCUCGGGAUACAUCUCCCUCCUGCUGCGGGCCGAGCCCUACCCCACCUCCCGCUACGGCAGCCAGUGCAUGCAGCCCAACAACAUCAUGGGCAUCGAGAACAUCUGCGAGCUGGCUGCCCGUCUGCUCUUCAGCGCCGUCGAGUGGGCCCGCAAUAUUCCCUUCUUCCCCGACCUGCAGAUCACCGACCAGGUGGCCUUGCUGCGGCUCACCUGGAGCGAGCUCUUCGUCCUUAAUGCUGCCCAGUGCUCCAUGCCCCUCCAUGUGGCCCCGCUCCUGGCCGCCGCCGGCCUCCACGCCUCCCCCAUGUCGGCCGACCGCGUUGUCGCCUUCAUGGACCACAUCCGCAUCUUCCAGGAACAGGUGGAGAAGCUGAAGGCGCUGCACGUCGAUUCGGCUGAAUACAGCUGUCUGAAAGCCAUCGUCCUCUUCACCUCAGACGCCUGCGGCCUGUCGGAUGCUGCGCACAUCGAGAGCCUCCAGGAGAAAUCGCAGUGCGCGCUAGAGGAGUACGUGCGGAGCCAGUACCCCAACCAGCCCAGCCGCUUCGGGAAGCUGCUGCUGCGGCUGCCCUCCCUGCGCACCGUAUCCUCCUCCGUCAUCGAGCAGCUCUUCUUCGUCCGCUUGGUAGGUAAAACCCCCAUCGAAACCCUCAUCAGGGAUAUGCUACUGUCGGGGAGCAGCUUCAACUGGCCUUACAUGUCCAUCCAGUGCUCCUAG